CGCUUAGCUCAGUGCUCUGCGCACAGGAAAAGCUCACUGAAUACGGCCGAAUGAAUGAAUGAGCCACGACACGCCCUUCUGAUGAAAUCACCCGCAGACCCGUCGCGCCCUAUGGAAAACCCGGAGAGACGGAUUAUUGAGUCGGCCGGCCCGGCAUCUCGUCCUGGCUGCACCGGGCAUGCGCAGGGAACAGGCGCGUGACGCUUGUGUUCGGCGUGGUGGGGAGGAGGCGAAUGGCUUCUAGUAAGAUGGCGGCGCCUUUAUUGGCCACUUCUCACGUGUUUUGCAGCCCCAACCGGACUCGGGGAGCGGUGUGCUGGGGCGCGGGGUGCGGGUCCCUGCUGGCCCUGGCCACCUGCCGCUCCGUGGUGCUUUACGAGCCUCAGAUAGGAGUUGUGGUUGGUACUCUGAAUGGUCACACUGACAGAGUUAACUGUGUCCAGUGGGUUCACAGAAAGGAUGGCACUCCUGAGACUGAAUUGGUUUCUGGAGGUUCAGAUAAACAGUUGAUUCUUUGGGAAUUGCAAAAUAACCAGCUGGUAAAUGUCGUUCACUUCAAAGGCCACAGUGAUGCCGUUUGUGCCAUAGAUGCUGUUUACCAAAAGGGUGGACCAGGUGAAGAAUUCAAACUACUCAUAGUUUCUGCCGCAUCGGAUUCUACUGUGAGGAUCUGGUGUAAGGAUGGUUCAGAAGCUAAAUGUCUUCAGACUUUGCAGUUUGGGCAAGGAUUUAUUCUGGAUGUCUCCUUGUCUUUUUUACCUGGGACUGAUGUACCAAUAUUAGCAUGUGGGGGUGAUGACUCCAAAAUUAUCUUGUAUGUUCAACAAAGUGGUCAAUUUCAGAAAACAAUCCUGCUUGAUGGACAUGAUGAUUGGAUAAAAGGGGUCGAAUGGGCAGAUUGUGAUGGAAAUCUUUUCCUAGCAAGCUGUGCUCAGGAUUGUCUGAUACGAAUCUGGAAACUGUAUAUAAAGUCAGCGUCUUCAGAAAUACGAGGUGAUGAUGUCUUGAAGCUGAAAGAGAGCACAUUUACCCUGAAAAAUGAAAAUGCAGAGAAAACAUUUGCAAUUGCUCUAGAGACUGUGCUAGCCGGCCACGAAAACUGGGUGAACGCAGUGCAUUGGCAGCCUGCAGGGUACAAAGAUGGUAGAAUGCAGCAGCAACUGAGAUUGCUGUCUGCUUCAAUGGACAAAACCAUGAUCCUCUGGGCCCCGGACGAGGAGUCAGGAUUGUGGCUAGAACAGGUCCGAGUAGGAGAAGUGGGCGGAAACACCCUGGGCUUUUAUGACUGUCAGUUUAGCCCAGAUGCUUCUAUGAUUCUUGCUCAUGCUUUUCAUGGAGCCCUGCACCUUUGGAAGCAGAAUGCAGCUAAACCAAGAGAAUGGACUCCAGGAAUUGUGAUUUCGGGGCAUUUCAAUAGUGUACAAGAUUUAAUGUGGGAUCCAGAGGGAGAAUUCAUCAUUACCGUGGGCACAGACCAAACAACUCGACUUUUUGCUCCAUGGAAAAGAAACAAACAGGCACAGGUGACCUGGCACGAACUGGCAAGGCCUCAGGUUCACGGGUUCGACAUGAAGUGUUUAGCAAUGAUUGGUCGAUUUCAGUUUGUGACCGGAGCAGACGAGAAGGUGCUUCGGGUCUUUGCCGCUCCCCGGAAUUUUGUGGAGAAUUUUCAUAACAUAACAGGUCUCUUGGUUGGAGAACAGCUAUGCAAACCAGACAUGGGCCUUCCAGAGUGUGCUACCGUACCUGCUUUGGGACUAUCCAACAAAGCUAUUUUUCGGGAAGACAUAGCUUCUCAGUCAGAUGAUGAAGAGGAAAUAUUUAUCAGUGGUUAUAAUCAGUACCGCCAGAUUAACUUUCAAACCUUCAGCCUUACUGAACCACCGACCGAGGAUCACCUCCUGCAGAAUACGCUGUGGCCUGAAGUUCAAAAGCUAUAUGGACAUGGUUAUGAAAUGUUUUGUGUUGCCUGCAACAAUUCAAACACUGUGGUUGCCUCAGCAUGUAAGGCAGCCAAGAAGGAACAUGCGGCUAUUAUUCUCUGGAACACUACUUCGUGGAAGCAACUCCAGAGCUUGGUUUUCCACAGCCUCACUGUUACCCAGUUGGCAUUCUCACCUGACGAUAAAUUCUUAUUAGCAGUUUCCAGAGAUAGAAACUGGUCCCUUUGGAAAAAGCUAGAUGAAACCUCAUCACAGUCAGAAUCAACGUUCAGCCUCUAUGCGUGCACAAAUAAAAAUACAACGGGACAUAGUAGAAUAAUUUGGUCUUGUGAUUGGAGCCCUGAUAGCAAGUAUUUUUUCACUGGAAGUCGGGAUAAAAAGGUCAUUGUCUGGGGGACGUGCAGUGCUGAUGCUCUCUCAGGAGAUAAAGGGUCUGAAGGUCUGGGCCCUUGCUCUUCAGUACUUGAUGCAGGAGAUGCCGUCACUGCCUUGAGCGUCAACCGGACAUGCACGUUGGAGGGAAGGGACAUCGUUGCAGUAGGGCUGGAGUGUGGGAAGAUCCUUGUGUAUACCUGGAAGGCCACUGACCAGAAAUCUCCACUCAACGAUUGGAUCAAAUGUGUAGAAACUAAUCAGAGCCAGAGUCACACACUCACAGUCAAAAAGCUCUGCUGGCGACGUCAAGUGGGCAAAGCAGGACACGAGGACAAGGACAGCUGUGAAUAUCUGCAGUUGGCAAGUUGUGGAGCAGAUCACAUUGUGAAGAUCUUUAGUAUUAACAGAUCUGCACUCUAGUGGAAACCAAAGACUCACCUGAGCCAAAUGGAUAUUUGUUUUAGAUUUUAAGAACUUUUCUGUUCUAAAACCAAGUGUACAGAUGAAGACUAUCGUCCUGAUUUAUAAAAGCCUUCUAUGUAAAUCGGCAA